GUCAAUCAUCAUAUCCGAAAGUAAAUAAAAAACAACAUAUUAUUCAAAGCCUUUAUGGAUCAAUAAUAAAGCCAAAAGGCAAUUUAAAGUAAGUUUCUUUCCGGUACAUCUGUUAAUAUUUGUCAUUUAAUCUCGAAGCUUUCUAGUGGAAAUUUGUAGCGAUUAUUAGAACAAGAAAAUGAUGAUUUAUUGUUAGCAAAACGAGUAUUCAAAUAUGAUUCAAAUACAGUAGGAGGUAGUGCGCACGCAAGGCCCGCAGCUGUUUUCGGUCUUAAAAUGUCUUUAUUUUAGUAGUCCUACGUUGCAAAAUGUUAAGUUAAUGUGGGAUUUCGAUAUCAAAAUUAUUUGGUAAUAAUGGCCCCGAAAUACGCGCGUUCUGGAACUCUGAGAGAUUUAAAUUACGAGGAAUACAGUGUGGUGGUUGGGUCGAGGUAAAUGUUCGGAAGACUGACCUGCUCAUACGGGUGGUGAUAGAUGGAGGACAACACUGACAAUAACGGGGCGAAAUCACGGGCACGUUCAAAUUCAGCGAGAGUGUUAGUGUUUGAAGAACCAAAAGCCUACAUUGAACAAAAACAAAGGGGUAACGUUAUACCAUUAUCUGCCCCAGAAUCUGGAUGUAUUCAAAAACGACCACCUUCAGAUUUGCAAAAUGUAUCUUCAAACUUGGUCAAAUUCCGGAAUUCUACUCUUGGAAAGUCUGCACCUUCCCUCUCUGUAAGUAUGAAAGAUAUUAAUACCAGCCGGCGAAACAGUCGCAUCCAUCGGCUGAGUCUUAUUGCUAAUACGUCGCCCAUUUUACCAAGAUCUCAUUCGCCAAUAUGUGGAAGUCCGAUAGAUAGUCCAAGAACUCAACAAAGUUUUAUCAAUUUUUCAUUUGCUCCGAUCAAGAGGAUCGUUGCUGGGUACCGAGGCGAUGGUAGAAGAUGGUCUGUUGCUUCUUUGCCAUCUUCUGGCUAUGGAACCACUCCAGGAAGUUCAACCAUGUCAUCAAAGUGUUCUAGUCAAGAAAGGCUUCAUCAGUUACCACAUAUCCCUACUUCAGACGACAUCAGAAUGUUAACCCAUCAUUUUUCUAGCAAUGAGAGUAAUCCUUCUUUACCAGGCAGUUAUGAUGACACUUCUAUUACUCACAAAUCACCUUUGCAUAGACCUAGAUCAAGAAGUCUCAGUAGUCCCAGCAGAUCACCAGUAAUAGACAACGAAAUUUGUAUGAUGAAUGUUUUGUAUAAAGAACGGUUUCCAAAAGCAACCCAGCAAAUGGAAGAGAGAUUAACAAACUUUAUUGAAGAAAAUAAGGUAUUUGAUUUCGGAGAAGAUUGUGAUUAUUUGCCUAUAGUGAGAUUUGUCCACCAUCAAGUGCUUGAAAUGGCUAGAGAUUGCUUGCAUAAGUCCCAACAUCGCCUGAUUACCAGUCGGUAUUUUUAUGAAAUGUCAGAAACUUUGGAAAGAUUACUAACAGAAACGAAAGAGAAAUCUGAAGAAGCUGCUAAUAUGGUGACAGGCUUUAUUAAAAAACUUCUUUUAAUAAUAUCUCGCCCAGCUAGACUUUUGGAAUGUCUGGAGUUUGAUCCAGAAGAAUUUUAUCACUUUCUUGAAGCAGCUGAGGGUCAAGUGAAAGGUGUACAAGGCAUAAAAGCUGACAUACCUCAAUACAUUAUUCAGAAGUUGGGUUUAAACCGCGACCCAAUAGCUGAACUUCAGCAAGAACUAAAAGAUUGCACUUGGUCUAAUAAUUCCUCAAGAUCUUCUCUUUGCUUAACAUCCACUCCCACAAAGAAAAAUCUAAAUAAUCCAAACGAACAAGACUUUGAAGUGGUCAAACUUAUUUCUAAUGGUGCUUAUGGGGCCGUGUACUUAGUUAAGCACAAACAAACAAGACAAAGGUUUGCAAUGAAGAAAAUAAAUAAGAAUAAUCUUAUGUUGAGGAAUCAAGUCGAACAGGUGUUUGCUGAAAGGGAUAUUCUUAGUUUUGCUGAUAAUCCUUUUGUGGUCAGCAUGUACUGUAGCUUUGAAACCAAGAAACAUUUAUGCUUGGUUAUGGAAUAUGUCGAGGGAGGAGAUUGUGCCAGCUUAUUAAAAAAUAUUGGUCCUUUGCCACCAGAUAUGGCAAGAUUUUACUUUGCAGAAACUGUUCUGGCUGUUGAAUAUCUGCAUUCCUAUGGAAUUGUCCACAGAGAUCUUAAGCCUGACAACCUCCUUAUCACUGCCUUGGGACACAUAAAACUUACAGAUUUUGGUCUCAGUAAAAUGGGCCUUAUGUCGUUGGCAACAAAUCUUUAUGAAGGAUACAUAGAUACUGAAGCGCAUCAGUUCUCAGACAAGCAUGUCUUUGGUACGCCCGAGUAUAUUGCCCCAGAGGUGAUUUUAAGACAAGGCUAUGGAAAACCUGUAGAUUGGUGGUCCAUGGGUAUUAUCCUGUACGAAUUUUUAAUUGGCUGUGUGCCGUUUUUUGGGGACACUCCUGAAGAACUAUUUGCUCAUACGGUUCAAGAUGACAUUGAAUGGCCUGAAAAUGAAGAUUGGUCAAUACAGGAGGAGGCAAAGGAUCUUAUAACAGUUCUUUUACAGCAUUCCCCUAGAGAUAGACUUGGUACUGGAGGGGCACAGGAAGUGAAGGAGCAUAUCUACUUCCAGGGAUUGGAUUGGAACUCACUGUUGAGACAAAAAGCUGAGUUUGUGCCUCAGCUUGAACAUGAUGAAGACACGAGUUACUUUGACAGUCGCAUGGAUAGGUAUAAUCAUGAGGUGGAAGACGACACUGACGAUACAGACGAUUCUCCUGUGUUUGGGUUAUUCUCUUCUUGUUCCCCGCAGUACAGAAGGACUCACGGUUCGAAACUGAGUCUUAGUUCCGAUGCCGGCGCAAAAACCAGUUCGUUGGCGAGCAACGAAUUGCCGGUGGUGGAAACUACCAAGAUUAGACCUAGGGCUUCGAUUACCCUCGCUCUACCAGCGCCGGAAAAAGAUUUAAAAGUAUCGCAAAAAUCAGCCGAUUCGAGAAAGAUAUCACUGGACCUUUCUCUGUGCGCCAUUACCACGCCUGAAUCUUCACAAACCGACAGUGAUGAUGUGUCACCGCAAAUUCAGCGACGCAGAAAAGUGGCUCACGGGCGAGACAUCCUGCCGAAAUUCUCCAUAUCGGUCGAAGACGAGGCGAGCAGCCUGGAAGCAGGAACAUCUUCCUCAGAGACCCGGGAAUUGUCUCCCUUGGGAAGAGUCCAGUUGCCGACGCCUCAGCCGUCCAAGCACAAGUCCAGGUCCGUGGUGAAGAGCGCCUCCGCUUCAGGGUUAUCAUUAAUGAUACCUUCAGACGAUUUCCAAGCACCGCCCUGCAACAUUCAUUCGCCCAGUGGCGGCGGCGGUUCCAGCACAGCCAGCUCAAGAGACACCUCGCCCUGUCGUGAGUUAUCUCCCUUGGUUACCAGCUUGAAACCGCCUAUAAUCAUCAGGAGAGGACCGAAAGGGUUUGGAUUUACUGUGCACACCAUCAGAGUGUAUUAUGGAGAUACAGAUAUCUACACCAUGCAUCAUUUAGUAAUGGCGGUAGACGAAGGAAGUCCAGCGUUCGAAGCGGGACUAAGGCCCGCCGAUUUGAUCACUCACAUCAACGGAGAAGCCGUGCAGGGUCUGUACCACACUCAGGUAUUGCAGCUACUGUUGGGUGGCGCCGAGCACGUCAGUUUGCGCGCCACACCUUUAGAACAAACGUCUAUCAAGACCGGAGGCAGAAAAAGGGAGCCUGGGCAGAGUAAAUUGGCCAAGAGGAGCUUGAACAGGCAGAAGAAACAGAAAAGGGACAGCGACAAGCGGAGAAAGACUUCGUUGUUCCGGAGGAUCAGUUCGAAGAGAGCCAGCGUGGAAAUGCAACAGAUCGCGGCUAAUAUUCAGUCUCCUGUAAGCGUGACACCGAGCAGGAGCUUCCAGUCAUUUCCUCGUAGCGAGAGUAACUUCGCCUCGACCAACAUACGACCUGUGGGCGCGAACAGGACCAGCCUUUCACCGUCGGACUCUUUCGGCCAGCAUUCCACUAACUCCUCUCCAGUUACGACAGCCUCGGGCACCCCCUCACCCACCACCGCUCCCAACGGAAGAAACAGUUGUCCCAAAGCCCUCCACGCUAGCGGGCCCUCCUGUCCUUCGGCAGUCGUUCCCAAUCGAAGGAAAUCCGUCGGCCACAUACCUCUUUCCCCGUUGGCGCGCACCCCCUCCCCAUCUCCGCUCCCCGCAUCGCCAACCAGGUCCCCGAGCCCUCUGGCCUUCCCUAUAGGCCACCAGCCUGGUAGUUCCAAUACCACACAGUCCUACAGCCCCAGCGCGGCACGGCAGCCCAUUACUGUGUCCUCGCAGUCGAAGAAAGGCUUCGCCAGGCCCAAGGGAGGCGAGCCAGGUUCGCCUCUGCUCAGGAGAGCCCUGUCCCCCGACCGGCUGCACCCUCGGAGUGCCGAAACCAAGUGUUCCAUAUCUCCGUUGUGUUCAUCCGGGACGGCCACGCCAGCGGUCAAGAGUCAGGCUAGAACUGUGAUCACGCCUUCGGUAUGGAGGCCUAGCGCUCCGCUGGACAAGGACAAAGAGUCUGAAGUCGACAGCUCGCAGUCUUGUGACUCAGCUUCGACGUCAGAAAAUCGUCUGUCCUUAACACUCUCUGGACCAGGAGAAAUUCUGCCCAGAAUAGCCGAAGAGAAAGACUCUCCAACAAACGGUCAAGAGGUAAAAAGUAAAAGUCAGGAACCACCGGCUGUAAAAGAUCAAGCAGACCGUAUUCCCGAUAAAAAUCAGGGACCCUCUAGCGAUAGUAACGAACCCAAGACAAAAGUAGAUAAAGCACAAACAGCGAAAAAUCAAAAAUGUGAUACUAGAUCCGCCGAAAUUAAAACUAAUUCUAUAUUGAAUGCGACUGACGAAAGUUCAAAGAAAGUUGAACCAGCAAAAAAAGUCGAAUGUGAUAAGGCGUUAGCUCUAGCGAAAAGUGCUGGCGACGCCGAAAAAAACAAAGAUUUACAGAGAAUCGAAUAUAAGGAUAAGAAGUUGUCCUGCAAAGCGCAACAGAAAGACAAGGAUAAGGCGGACACUGGUCAGCAGAGCAGCGACGUUUCUAGGGCUAAAACCGAUGCCAAACAAAAGGACAAGUCUCUUACGAAAGGAGAUGAAAAAGAAAGUAAACCGUCUAAAUCUCUCAGAAAGUAGUUUGGUGUUAACGUUGAGAUCAUCUCAUAUUUGUUUUGUGUCGUGAUUAAAUAAAAAAAUACAUGUGCUCCUUAGGCGACUAUGUUAUUGUUAUGUGCCGUCUACAUUUUCUGUUUGUUUUAAGAAUUUUUUUAAGGUUUUUUUCGGUUAGAGAAAGACUGAAUUUUGGUUUAGUUCAAAAUGUAUUUUCAGUACUUUCCUCCCCUUGCCCCAUUCCUCGUUUAUUUUUCAAUUAACCCGACGUUUUGCUUUUGCUAAUAUUUUAGCCCACCCGCUUCCUCCAGAUUAUUUCUUUGAAUAUGCAAAAUUGCUGCUCAAAACGCCCAUUAUCUUUGUUUUACUUUCAAAUACUCCACAUAAGAAUUGUUGUGGAUAUUAAUAUAAGUCAGAUGUGAUGUUAGAUGUAAUUAACGUAUAAUGUAAGCCUCACUUUCACUUUCAAAAGGCUGUAUUUAACAAUUUCUCAUUGUUAUAAAAAGUUUCAAUUCUUGCAAUUUUUAUAUUUUUAUUUGUCUUACAUAGAAUAGAUUAGUAUUAGUUUUUUUUUUAAAUAUAUGGAUUGCUUACCUGAAUUAUUCGAUCUCAAGUUUAAAUAUUUGCAAUAUAUUUCAGUCUUACAGAGUUUCUUUCUUUGAAGUAAAAGCAUGUUUUUUCUGUUGUAGUAUUGUUCCCGUAAAGUAUCUCACAUGAGAAAACCAACGAUACUUUUGAGAUUAUUUUUUCUAUCAAACCCCAGCUUUUGCCGUACUACAUACAUUUAUAUGGUUAAAUAAAAAUACUAGUCAAAGAUUGAAAAAAAUGCGACUCGAGUGAGAUACUUUUUUUAUUUGUACUUAAUAAAUACCAUUUCAUAAUUAUUCAAAAAAAAUGUGAUUCUAAUAUUUUGUAAUUUAAAUUGUUAUAUCAUGUGUUAUACCGAGAAAGAAGUACCGUAUGAUCGAAUAAAACCGGCGUCAGCGAUGGCUAUGAAAUGACAAUCGAUGACAUUUCCCAUAUAAAUUUACAUAUAAAAUGACAGCGAUCUUCAUUUCAUAGCCAUCGCUGAGGCCGUUUUUAUUCGAUCAUACGGUAUAUUAUUUGAAUGUGAGAGUCAAUUUUCUUUUAUAUUUUAGUGGUAAUCUUUAAUCACUCAAGUUCUAAUAAAGCCACAAAUUGUUUCA